AUUCUAAAAAACGCUCUCGUUUAUUUCCUCUUCAUUCUAGCAAUUUUGGCCGAGACCGUGUUCUCGCAGAACUGCAUGGAUACUAGUUGCCCUGGCCUUAAGGAAUGUUGCAGCAGAUGGGGUUUCUGUGGCACUAAAGAUGAUUACUGUGGAUUCUUUUGUUUCAGUGGCCCUUGCAAUAUCAAGGGAAAAUCCUACGGAUAUGACUACAACGUGGAUGCUGGUCCACGUGGUAAAAUAGAGACCGUUAUCACACCAGCGUUGUUCGAUAGCAUCAUGAGCAAAGUCGAAAGCAACUGCUCGGCAAAAGGAUUCUACACUUACGAGGCUUUCAUCACUGCUUUCAAAUCGUUUGGAGCUUACAAAGGAAAGGUGGCUAAACGUGAAAUCGCUGCCAUAUUGGCUCAUUUCUCAUAUGGAUCUAAAAGUUUUUGUUACAAAGAAGAAAUAUCCAACGAGAGGUACUGUUCAAAGAGCAAGAAGUACCCUUGUGAACCGGGGAAAAACUACUAUGGUCGCGGUUUGCUACAAUCAAUCACAUGGAACGAGUAUUAUGGUGCUGCCGGCAAGCACCUGGGGCUACCUCUGUUGAAGGAUCCAGAUCUGGUGGCUCGUAGUCCAGAAGUUGCUUUCAAAUUCGCAAUGUGGUUCUGGAAUAGAAACGUGCGUCCGGCUUUGUACUUAGGAUUUGGAGAAAUCACAAAGAGAGUUGAUGGCCGUGAAUGUGGUAACUGGCGUCGUGAUGAUACGAAGAACAAGAUUAAGCAAUACAUAGAGUUCUGCGAGAUGCUUGGGGUAACUCCUGAUCAAGGUCUAGAUUGUUAAAGUCAUUAAUGUGUGGCAAUACUUUUAAAUUAAUAAUAACUAAUUUGAUGGACCUACGUAUAAUAAAAUAUAUUUGGUUUA